AUGACUGACCCAUAUGCUGCAUCGCCUGCUAAGGUCAUCAUCGACCCGCACUGUGUGCCAUGUGAAGGUCAGCCUGGUAAAAAUCCCGAUGAAUGGUGCGGUCUUACCAUCCACACCAACUACUAUAAGGAGAUUCCGAAAACCUGUCGUACGGUUGAGUAUACUGUGCAUGUCGAAAAUACUACUAUUGCCCCAGAUGGUAUUGAACGUUUGGGACUCAUCAUUAAUGGCCAAAUGCCAGGACCCAUGAUUCACGCCAGCUGGGGAGAUAUGGUCCGAAUCCAUGUCUUUAACGACCUGACGAACAACGGAACUAGUAUUCACUUCCACGGCAGCAGGAUGAACCACACAAACGAUAUGGAUGGUGUUCCUUCCAUCACCCAGUGUCCCAUUCAACCAGGCGGUAAGAUGACGUAUGAGUGGAGAGCUAGCCAGUAUGGAACUUCGUGGUACCACUCCCACUUCGCAAUUCAAGCUUGGGAGGGUGCUUUCGGUCCACUGGUGGUCAAAGGACCUCAUAGCGCUGAUUUCGACUUUGAUAUGGGUGUCAUCACUCUACAAGAUUGGAGCCACAACACAGUCGACUCAAUGUACGCUGCCGCAGAAGAUUCCGUUGCCGGUGGUCCACGAAUUAUGGACAAUGGUCUUCUUAAUGGAAAGAACACCUGGGGUCCUGAUGGAACCAACAACCAAACGGGCAAACGAUUUGAGAUGGACUUUGCACCAGGACGCAAGCACUUGAUACGCUUGGUAAACACUGCUAUCCAGUCGACGUUCAAGUUCUCCCUCGACGGUCACAAGAUGACUGUCAUAGCGACGGAUUUUACGCCCAUUGAACCCUAUGAGACUGAUGUUCUAAACAUCAACAUUGGUCAACGUUACAACGUCAUUAUCGAAGCUGAUCAGCCGCAUGGCGCCUACUGGAUGCGCUCUGACAAUCAGAAUGCUUGUGCAGGCACGGUUCAGGCCACCGACAUCAAGGGUAUAGUGCGUUACAUCGGUACUGACGGGACACCCACGAGCACAGCACAUGGCUACACAGGUGAAUGUGUGGACGAGAAGAGUAGCUUGAUCAAGCCAAUCCUUCAGCUCGACGCUUUUGCCUCCGAUAUCGACAUUCAAAAAGCAGUCACUGUUGCUCCAGACUCUAAUAACAUGUUCCGCUGGUACCUCUCUGGGGAGACUUUCACAUCACAGUGGAACAGUCCGACGCUGUACCAGUACCUUCAGAAUGGCACCCACACUAGCACUGACAACCUCAUCAUCGAAUUGCCGAACGAGGGCGAGUGGGUGUACCUGAUCAUUGAGCAAGAGGUCGCCCUGCCUCACCCGAUCCAUCUUCACGGCCACGAUUUCUUCGAGAUUGCAUCAGGGACUGGUGCGUACACUAAGGAUACUCCUCUACGCUUGAAGAACCCGGUACGAAGAGAUACCGCACUACUACCUGGGAACGGCUUCCUCGUCAUUGCAUGGGUCGUCGACAACCCUGGUGUCUGGCUGGCGCAUUGCCAUAUUGGCUGGCACACGUCCAUGGGAAUGGCUCUGCAGUUUGCGGAGAUGACAUCGCAAAUUCGGAGCUCGAUUAAGGAAGAGAAGACGAUUAAUGACCAAUGUGCAAACUGGAGCUCGUACAUGAACAGCAGUGGGUUGAAGAUGGCUGAUUCUGGGGUGUGA